AUGAUCGCUAGCAUGAAUCAAGUUGAGCCAAGAACAAGAGAGGAGAGAGCAGCUUUGAAAGACAGAGAACGCGUAGAGUAGCUCCGUUUAAGAGAAAGAAUCGGAUCUUAUCACAAAUACGUUGAUAAUGUUCUGGUUAACAAUCCAGAUCCUAAAUCAUCACAUUUCAUUCCUGAUAACGAGAGAUUUAACAAGGAUUUCGCAUCACAUGAUAAAAUGGUUAGGGAAUAGUAGUAUAAAACAAAGAUGGACGCCAUUGAGAAGAAAAGAGUUGAGAAAUAUGAGAGAGACUUGAAGAGAUGGGAAUUUAUGGAUGAGGAAAAUGAAAGAGAAUCCAAGAGAAUCCUAGCAAUGAAUGACAAGUAUUUAACUGGCAGAAGGAACAGAGGAGGUGCUGCUUAUAAUAUUCUCAGUCUGCAGUAUGAAAAGACAGCAGAGGGACAGUACUUAAAAGAAAGAGAUGAUGAUGCCAAAGUUAGGGCUUUAAUGAGGUCAAAAAAUCUAGAUGUUAGGUCUAAUUGUGGUUUUAAUCCAGUUAAUGGAAGUGAUAGACGUAGUGUUGAUAUUCCUGCGCAUAAACUUUACAAUCCACCAGAUAGGCUUAGAAGUGUUGGUGAGAGUAUUAUUGGUUCUGGUUUUGCAGGAAAACCCCUGAGGAAAGAGCUGUUUAUAACUCCAUCUCGAAACUUAUCUACUCCAGCAUUAAACUUUGGAGGUAAUCAAGCGGUAAGCAACUUUGGACAGGCUAAUUAUCCCUAUACUUAAGCUUAAAACUAGGAUUCCAAUUAGAAUAUGAACAAUAACUCGAAUUUCCUGAAUCAAAAUCAGUAUUAGUAAAAUAUUUAUUAACCUUAAUAACAAAACAUUCAUAACGAGUAUCAGAUGUAAAACUAUUAGCAAUAGCCACAAGUACAUCAGCAAUCUUCAUAAAUAGAUCCCUAUCAAAAGCCUUAAUCAAACUAGUUCCUUGGAGGCUACCCUGGCUAAGUCUAAUAAAUCAAUAGCAAUUAUAAUUAAUAGUAGCAGUAGCAAAACACCAAUCCUAACCUUCCGAUUGCUCAGUAGCAACAAGCACUCUAUGGCGGGAAUGGUCAUUAUCUAUACAAUCAACCAAACAUUUAGAGAGAUCAGCUAAUAGCUCCUGCCUAUCCAUAAUAGCAGCAAUAGAUGUUUAACGCCCAAUUCAAAGCUGGAGGUGCAGGGACAAAGUUCUACUGA